AUGAAUGGAGAAGGGUGGUACUUGGUGGUGUUUUUGGGUGGUGUUGUGCAGGAACGGUUCCAUUUUAAUACAUCGCUGAGCGAAAACUUUGACGCCCAUUGCCCUUUUCCCCUCGUUCCAGCGACAUCUCCACCCUCUUCAUCCCUUCCCUGGCACCGGCGCCGCCCUCCUCCUUCCCAGCUGCCACCGGCGCCGCCGUCUUAUUUCCCCACAACAGCGAUCAGAAAUAGAAUCAGGAGAAACCUAAGCUAUCAAUUAUCUCAGGGUUCCGACUUCCGAAACCCUAACACCUUCAAAGACGAGUAUUCAUCUCCACUUUUCUUUUGCUCUUUUCAUAGGAUUGGUUCACUCCAUAUCAUGAGAGGGGUAAAAUUGGAACUUCGGUGUCCCCAACGUGUUCAUGGGAUCAUAGCUGAUCCACAAAUUGACUGGAGUUUUGAUGAACUUCUAUCAGAGCUUAAUGCUGUUGAUCACAAACUUCAAGCAUCCUCAUUGGUCCCUUUACCUUUCUCCAAAACACAUUCAAGUGAUCUUUCAGUUGUAGUCCAUGCUGAAAAAAACAGAAAGUCCUUUGUGAUGCAUGUAUCAGAUGAUGAUGAUGAUGAUGAUGUGGUUAAUGGUGGUCGUUUUGGUUGUGAUGAAAUUUAUUUAAGCGAUGAUGUGGAUUCAGACAGUGAUUCAUCAACUGGAGCCCAGUGUUCUCUAAUGGACAAAGGGGGAGUUAUUGAAGGUGCAUUGAUUGAGCUAAGCCAUGAACACCAGCUUAGUGUUGCAGAAGAAAUAAGAACCCGAAUAUCUGCAUUUGGAACUGAUUUUACAAAUGAAAAAGAAAAACUCACCAAUGCACUUUCUCGAGCUGAAAAGAGUAAAGAAGCAAGAAGGGAAUUGGAUAGAAAACGUGAUUUGCAAUAUCAACGCAUAAUUGCAGAAGCACUGGAUAAUCAUCUGACUGAUGUUCAAAGACACCAUGAAUACAAAUCUCAAAUAGAAGAGAAAAAGAUACGCGAUGAUGCUGCAAUUGAAGAGGCCAAAAGAAAGCAGAAAGCUCUUCAAGAAGAAAAAGUUCGACAAGAAAAAAUGAAAUCAGAAGAGGCCAAGAGACAAGCUGAAAAGAAGAGAGAAGAAGAAAUCAAAGCCAAAGCCAAAGCCAAAGCAUUGGAAGAUGAAAGAGCUGCAAAAGAAGCAGCUAUUAUGUCAAUGGCAGAAAGUCAAAGAAAGGCUGCUGAGGCUUUGACUGCUUCCAAGGAACUAAAUAAACCAUCUUCUGGAAAUGUAGUCAAGGGUGCUGAGAGUGGUUUAAAAAUGGAGGAAAGAAGGGUACAAAUGUACAAAGAAGUGGUUGGAAAAGAUGUGGUAUCUGAAAUGGAUUCUAAUAAGGAAUACCGAAGUCAUGGUAUGCAAAUGGCUAGACGCAUCAAAACCAUAACUGGGACAAAAGAGAAUGUGAGAACAAAAGCAGAUGAAUUGGUGAAACUCAUGAAUUCAACCUUUCCUCAAUCCAUCAAUAUUGGGAUCUUUGCAGAUAAAAUUGUCUCUCAAAGCACAAACGCAAGCAGCAACAGUGUCCUAUAUGGUUAUGGACAUGUCAUUGUCAUGGUUACUUCAAAGAUUCCACAUGCCAUGGAAAUACUACUUGCGAAAUUAAACAAAGUUUGCAUCUUCACAGUUCCAAAGUAUUUGAGUUACUCAGAGGGGGCUUUCGAAUCUAGAGAAGCAUACUACAGAGCCAUUGGUUAUGAAGAAGAAGAUGGAAAACUUGAAAGUACAGAUACUUAUGUAGGAAGGUUAACCCAACACAUGAAACUAUAUGCAGCUCUAAUUCAGACUGAAGUUGAUGGAUUCCGAAAUUUGCAUGGAAUUGAAGAAGGUUGGAAAUGGCUUGCCAGAUUUUUAAAUGCUCUCCCCGCAAAUAUAUACACCGGAGUUGCUCUUCAAGCAUUCAUCGAGUUGGCGGGGUUUGGUAUGUACAAAAGAUAUAAAAACCAGUUCAAGAAGCUAUUAAACAUAAUAUCCCAAGACUUUCUAAAAGCAUUAAAGGAAAGAGAAGAUCCAAAAGUGACAAAAGUUGUGAUAAGUUUAGAAAAUUACAUCCAAUCAAACCAGUUCUUAAAGGAACCAGAAGGAUGGCGUUUGCAAGAUUCAUUACUAUCACAUGGAUUUGUCCCUAAUGAAUCCGAUGAUCAACAACAGUAUUAUAGUAAUAACAACUCAUCGGGGGGAUAUGGAUACAAAGGCCAUCAACAACAAUACAAUUAUAAUUCACCUAAUAGACAGAGGGCGUGUUUGGCACGGAGCUUUUGGGAGCGUUUGAAAGCUUCUAGCUAG